AUGACCCGACUUGCAGCGUCCAGCAGCCCCCACCGGGCCAUGACCAGCCGCCUGGUGCUGCUGGCGGUGGUGGCCGUACUGUGCCUGAUGGCAUCGCAGGGAGUGAAUGCACAAAUCAUCAUAGUGGAGGGCACCGCGGAGAAGUCACCCCCUCCAAAGGCCCCCCAGCCGCCAUCGCCCCAGCCGCCAUCGCCCCAGCCGCCAUCGCCCCAGCCGCCGUCGCCCCAGCCGCCGUCGCCCCAGCCGCCAUCGCCCCAGCCGCCGUCGCCCCAGCCGCCGUCGCCCCAGCCGCCGUCGCCCCAGCCGCCGUCGCCCCAGCCGCCGUCGCCCCAGCCGCCGUCGCCCAAGCCGCCGUCGCCCAAGCCGCCGUCGCCCCCGUCCCCCAAGCCGCCAUCCCCUAAGCCCCCAAGUCCUAAGGCACCAUACGCUCCCAGGAAGCCCGAAGCCCCAAAGAAGGUUAAAGCCAAAGGCAAGAAGUUCAAGGGCAAGAAGUGGAAUUAUAUGAUUUCAGACUCCAUGCUUGAGUUCAAGGAAGCGGACAACUUUUGCAAGUCCGCGGGCUAUGUCCUGGUGUCACCGGUCGAGGACACGUCAGACGCUGUUGAUUCAGCCUGCAACCACAGCGGCAAGGGCUGCUGGCUGUCAUCAGACGAGAACGCCGAUCCUUGCACGUAUGUGAACUCCAAGGGAGGCGAUAAGGCGUAUGUGAACGACUGCAAGGUCAAGAACUACGCGCUGUGCUAUGGACCUGCUGAUAAACCAUUGCGUUAA